ACAAUCUCAAAAAUAUGAAGUAAUGGUCGGGCCAUCUUCGCCUUAUUUGGUAUCAAAUGUUCUUUUUCGAGGGGUAUAUAUAGGGGUGGGCUUGCUCCCUUGAAGCCAGAAAACCACCUGCGAUCCUAACUGAUCCGAAGAACGGAAAAAGAGCUGCAAGCUAGCUACUUCUGCAUAUUCUACACGAUACAACUUCAACGUUCAUCAAGAGCUUAGCUGAAGCGCUAUUCGACAACUUUCCUCGGUGUGUAUUUCUAGUUCGUGAUCCUUGAAGAACCCAUAGCAUCAUGUCUUUUCACGAGGAAGAUGAAGUCUGCCCUCUUGUGAUCGACAACGGCUCGGGCAUGUGCAAGGCUGGCUUCGCCGGUGAUGAUGCCCCACGUGCUGUCUUCCCUGCAGUGGUUGGGAGGCCUCGCCAUGAGGUAAUGAUGAUGGGGAUGGGCAAGAAGGACAGCUACAUCGGCGACGAGGCGCAGAGCAAGCGGGGCAUCCUGACCCUCAAGUACCCCAUCGAGCACGGCAUCGUGACCAACUGGGACGACAUGGAGAAGAUCUGGCACCACACCUUCUACAACGAGCUGCGCGUGGCGCCGGAGGAGCACCCAGUGCUGCUGACCGAAGCCCCGCUCAACCCCAAAGCCAACAGAGAAAAGAUGACACAGAUCAUGUUCGAGACCUUCAACGUGCCGGUCAUGUACGUCAGCAUCCAGGCCGUCCUGUCUCUCUACUCCUCCGGUCGUACCACCGGCGUGGUCUUCGACUCCGGCGACGGCGUGUCUCACGUUGUGCCCAUCUACGAGGGCUACUCCCUGCCCCACGCCAUCAAGAGGCUUGACCUGGCCGGCCGCGACCUGACCGACUACCUCAUGGUGAUUCUGUCGGAGCGAGGAUAUGCCUUCUCCACAUCAGCCGAGAAGGAGAUAGUCCGUGACAUCAAAGAGAAGCUCUGCUACUCGGCCCUGGACUUCGAGCAAGAGAUGGCGUCUUCUCAGUCCAGCUCCGCCCUGGAGAAGAGCUACGAGCUCCCGGACGGCCAGGUCGUCACCAUCGGCAACGAGAGGUUCCGGUGCCCGGAGGUCCUCUUCCAGCCGUCCUUCAUCGGCAUGGAAUCCGUCGGCAUCCACGAGUCGGUGUACAACAGCAUCAUGGGGUGCGACAUGGACAUCCGUAGGGACAUGUACACCAACGUGGUGAUGUCUGGGGGCUCCACCAUGUUCCCCGGCAUGGCUGACCGGAUGAACAAGGAGCUGACCACCCUCGCUCCGCCCACCAUGAAGGUGAAGAUCGUGGCUCCCCCAGAGAGGAAGUACUCCGUGUGGAUGGGUGGCUCCAUCCUUGCCUCCCUGUCCACCUUCCAGCAGAUGUGGAUCUCUAAGCAAGAGUACGAUGAGAACGGGCCCGCUAUCGUCCAUCGGAAGUGUUUCUAGUUUGGACAUAAAAAAAGAAACAAUUUCGCUUGUCAAAUUUAAGUCGGAGCUGCAUUUGUUCCAUGCUUGUAAAAGAAACGCUUCAUCAUUGCCUUUUACACUUUAGCUGUUGCACUUGUCUAUGAAGAGUUCCAUACUAAUGUGCCUGAAUUUUAUUUCUUAGCCUCGGAGUCUGUUUCUUCUUAAGUGUUUACCAGACUUUUAUAUUUAAACCAAAUGUGAACUAUGACACUGUUUGCGAGUAUUCAAGUCGAAACGAGUACAGUUGACGAAGUGUCUUUGCCUGAAUUUGUUGUAUAAAUUGAAUCAAGCUGAAGUAAUUUAUUGUUCUGGUUUUAUCUCCUUUAACGGAAAAUAAGUGAUGUCUUGAUCCGUGCUAUUUGCAGCCCGACAAUCGUAUCUUUUGUGUCUUAUAAGCUGAAAAGAAACCCCCCAAAAGCGGGUAUUUUCAAAAGAUAAAAGCAUCUGAAAUUGACCAAAAAAAUAUUGAAAAGUCGUCAGUAGAAAAAUAAAUAGAAUGUUUUGAAGAGCACGGGUAGAGCCACUUUAAGACACACAAAAUUGUGUUUGUAUAUAUAAAUAUAAUUAAUCGGUCAUAUCAAACUUCUUAGAAAAUUGAUGAGACAACAUUGGAUCAUUCAGAUUUGUUUUUGCUACACUUUUAUUGCUAUCAUUGUACACAAUUAAUGCACUCAGAUUCGUUGCUGUUUCUGUUCUACUUGUUAUAAGCUGGUGACGAUUGUCGAGUGGUCCCACAAUCCUUUGCGUUUCCUAGAUUCUCUACUUUGAUAAAUCUAAGAUAAUCGUAAGGGAAUAUUUAGGGGAACGACUUCUUUGAAUGAAAUUUACUUUAAUUAUUUAUUUUGUCUUGUUAUGCUUUUUGUCCAAUAAAUUAGUUAGUCUGUAACAAACAGC